AUGGCCAUCGUUUUGUCGGCCAGAUCCAAGGUGUUAACGGGCGGCGCGGUGGGCGUGGCCUGUCUGCUAUCCGGCCUAAUGUUCUGCAACCUGUUCGGGUGGAACAACGACGACGGAGGCGGUGGCGAUCUCUCGUCGGCCGGCGGGGUAGCCAACAGGGCCUCCGCAGACGACGCGUACAAGAAAAACAACUGGUACCCGACGUCGUUGUACCUCUACCAAAAGGUUAAGUUCAUAUUAUCAUCACUUAAUAUUUUAUUAUUAGUUUAUAUUACGAUAUAAUUUAUUACUAUUUUUUUUUAUAAUUAAAUCAUAAUAAUAAGAGUGUGGGUCGUAAUGCGAUCGAUCAAUAAAAAAGUGAAAUUUCACGUGAUCGAACGUAUAUAGCCUAAUAGUAUAACUAAUAUACCCGCAACAUAACGACAACAUAACAUCAACUCAGUUGAGACAAGUCGAUUGGAUAGUAGAUUAAGUUAAAAGUUAAUACGAAAAGAGUAUUGGGCCAUUUUUAUAUUUUGUAAUUUUUUUUAACUGAUUGGUUCUAAUUUAAUUAAUAUUUAAUUAAAUCUUAAUUAUUGCACGAAUCGGUGAAAAUUGAUUUACAUUAGCGUUAAAACAAUUCCUAAACAUGUAGACUACAAUAAUUGAGCAAAAUUAGUUAGAAUUUGAAUAAGACAUUUUUUAAAAGUUUAUAAAGCUGCCUGGCAUUAUAACUAAUAACUUUAAAAAACAUUAUUACUUGGUACAAUAGCUUAAUUUUGGACCAAGUGAAUUUUUAAUUUGACCCCUGUAUUAAAUUCUUAUAAAUGUCCAGUCCAACGCUGGCGAAUCUCCUCUAUAUUAUUAUUCAGUGGAGACUUUGACGGAGAAUAUUCUUGAAACAGUAGCGUUAAUGACAGAACCCUUUAAUAUAAUAUUACGUCGAAAUCGAUGAAGUUAUCAAGCGAUUGUAGAUGAGUGAAUAAGCCGUGCUUAUUUUUUGAUCUAUCAUAUUAUGAUUGUCAACAGUUUUAUUUUCGAAAAAAAAAUAAUUUAGAAUUAAAUUAUUUUAUUUAAAUUAUUUAAAAGUUAUUUUUUAUUUUUUAGUGUGAUUUCGUUUUAAGAAACGCAUGUUUUAAAACAUUUUUAUUUUCCAUUUUUGUUUAUAACUUUUUAGUCACAAUCCAAGUAAAUUGUUACCAAAUAUUUCUUGUACGUGUACAUGUCGCUGAUACGUAUGACCCACCCCCCUUGUUGAAACCCCCAUAUGGCCUUUUUCACAAUCAAGGUGAACCAGGAAAAAUCUAAUAGUUAUUGAUUAUUGUAUCGUCGUCGCAAAUGCGAGAACAUGCAAAUUCGCGAAUCGUUCGGACCACCGUGGAAAGGUGGAUCGAAAGUGGAUUGCAAGAUUCCACGACGCGACUCGGGGUGAGUUUAAGAAAAACGUGGAAAAAUACAUUACAUACACGCAAUAUAAUACUGUAAUGUACUGCGGUUUCUUUUGAACUAGGGAUGCAUUAUAUUAUAUACACUUGUAUAAUUUAAACUUUAUUCGAGAAACCGCGCUGCGGCGUAGUUAUUAGUCACUACGGGCUUAAUUUCGGUACGCGCGUGAUUCACGACUUCUCGUCGUCGCCGCCUCCUCGCACUGGAAGUGUUUGAAACUCGUUUAAAGUUAUUGCCGGUGGGUAUGCGUAAGUAGGUAUAUUGUUACGUAUAGGUGUACGGCGCGAUUAGAUCGAAAUAAUAUUAUACUAAACGGGGAAUCGAUUCGAAUAUUAUUCGCGUAUAAUGCCCUAAAACAAUAUCAGAUGUGCACCGUACGUUUGUUUAGCGCGCUCGGCAUACUGUGCAACGCCGCACUGCGAUUCGUCCUGCACGCGUACACAUUUAAUCAUUUGUUCAACGCACGCGAGAACUCGUUGUCAUAAGAUAACACCGCAUAUCAUCUCCGUAUCGCACAGUUGUCGUUAUAAUACACCUGCUGUACGCAGUGGUCAAAGUGGGGAGAGAACGGAGCCGUUUCGGAAAUCCAGUCUCCGAGACGAGUUUAAUAAAAGUUCGGUUUGGUCGAGUUGGUUAUCCAGAACGCCCUUUAAUUUUCGGUAAACAUAAACCCACUUCGAAAUAUGUCCUACUUUAACCGGGACCUAAAUGUAAUAUUUUCAGAACGUUUUCGUCCACAGCGAUUUAUAAACGAAAAACAAAUGGGUGGUACAAGUACCAGAAAUUAAACACACGACGACGAAGCGAAUUAUUUUGUUCACGUCAUGUUUUAAUUAUCAAACAAAACAUUAUUAUUUGUACUGUUUUCGGAUCUACUAAAAUAAACUCGCGUGUAGUCGUGUGCAGUAAAUCGUUGUAAAAAUAUUGACUUAAAAUAUUAUUAUAAUUUAUAGGUAAGGUGUACACUAUACACUUACGCUCAACACGAAAUCAUGUGCGAUGUUACUAUCAAACAUAAUAACCCGCUUGCAGUGAACGUCGAAUAA